AUGAAUUCCGGCGUGGCGGAGCAUACGAGACUUGGUGAGGAUUGUCUCAAGAAUUCCGAAGAAUUUUCGCCUCCUGAGAGCAAACGGCUACGCUUAGAUGACAGCUGUAAUAACAAUUUAAAUAGUACUUUGAACAGUGCAUCCAAAAAUAAUGCAAAAUGGUCCUGUUCCGGCGAUGGAAAUCUCGUAGAACCAGAAAUUUUAGAAGAUAUGGGUGUUAGUAUGCUAGAAGAUGAAGCAUCCAGUUGCGAAAGUACAAAAAAGUCUCAGUCUCAGGAGCAUACAACCUCACCAGCUAGUUCAAAUAAUGGUAGGCAAUGUGAAAAAGUCAACAGUUUCGAGAGUCAAGAAAAUAGUAUCUAUAGAGCUUCCAGCUUCGAAACUGUCGUUAUGGAUAGAUUAAGUCAAGAUCCGUACGAAUCGGACGAACCUGCGAUAUAUUCAAACGCUGGAAACGAAUCUGGUUAUUCCUCUAGAAUGGAAUUAGAUAAUUUUGUCGAUACGAAAGAAACCUUUCCCAAGGACAGUCUAAACGUUUCAUCUGGGAAAAGUAGUCUUGAACAAUUCUACCUCUACAGAAGAAAAAGAAAACCUUCGAUCGUCGGUGAAGAUAAGUUCAACAAAUUAUCCGAUGAGAUGAUUUUAAUGAUCCUAAAAUGGCUUCCAAAGAAAUGUUUGGUCCGUUCCAUGUUGGUUUGUAAACGAUGGUGUCAAAUAGCGCGAGACGAAGCGUUAUGGAGCAGAUUGGAUUUAGGCAGUAAAGUGUUAAACGAAGGCACAUUGGGGCACAUAUUACCACGAGGCGUUCAAAUACUUCGACUUGCUCAAGCAGAAAUUGCAGAUAUUGUUUUUCUUGAAAAUAGCGAAGUUUUCAUCGAUUGUUACGUUAGUAAAUUGCAAUAUUUAGACCUCUCAAUGGCGGUCAUUUCUCCAGAUGGAUUGGCUAUGUUACUCUCUAAGUGUAAAUAUCUGAAAAAAUUAUCUCUAGAAAAAUGUACAGUGAACAGAUCAUGUUGCAAAGCUAUCACUGAUAAUAAUGAUUUAGAAAUUUUAAAUUUAACAAUGUGCGAGGGUAUGGAUGUUGAAUGUAUCAAGGAUUUGAUGAAACUUACAAACCUUAGUGCCGUCAACUUGGCUUGGUGUGGUCUCGAUGUCGAAUCUAUGAUGUUACUUUGUAAAUCUCUACCUCCGUCUGUUACGCGUUUAAGUAUAGCUGGCUGCAGAAAAACAGUGACCGACGAUAAUAUCAAGGACUUGGUGAAAAGUUGCCCGGAUAUGGUAGAAUUAGACUUGAGCGAUUGUACUAUGCUUACGAUGAAUACUGUUCGUAAUUUACUUGAUUUAUCGAAAUUAGAGCAUUUGUCGCUUAGUCGCUGUUACGGUAUACCUCCGUCGACGUAUGUAACAUUGGCGUAUAUGCCAUCUUUGCUGUACUUGGACGUUUUUGGUUUAAUACCUGAGCCGGCGCUGAAAACAUUACAAGUUACCUGCGGCGAAACCCAACUUAACAAGUUCCUAUAUAGUUCGAUCGCGAGACCGACGGUCGGUGUCCGAAGAACGAGUAUUUGGGGGCUUCGCGUUAGAGAUUGA